AGCUCCGGCAGCGCCAGAGCGGUAACGCAGCGCUCCGUAGGCUCCAGCCCGUCCGCCGGUAUCGCGCUCUCCGUCCGCUUGCCAGCAUGAAAGCCUUCAGCCCGGUGCGGUCCGUCAGGAAAACCGGCCUCUCGGAGCACAACCUGGGCAUCUCCCGGAGCAAAACCCCCGUGGAUGAUCCCAUGAGCCUGCUGUAUAACAUGAACGACUGCUACUCCAAGCUGAAGGAGCUGGUGCCCAGCAUCCCGCAGAACAAGAAAGUGAGCAAGAUGGAAAUCUUGCAGCACGUCAUCGACUACAUCCUGGACCUGCAGAUCGCCCUGGACUCGCACCCUAGCAUCGUCAGCCUGCACCACCAGAGACCCGGGCAGAACCCUUCCUCCAGAACUCCUCUGACCACCCUCAACACAGACAUCAGCAUCCUCUCGCUACAGGCGUCCGAGUUCCCCUCAGAGCUCAUGUCAAGCGAUAGCAAAGCACUUUGUGGCUGAAUCAAACGGUGUUCCACUGAUGAGAUUUUUUUUUUCUUUUGCACAAGAAAAUGUCUACAGGAUUUUUUUUUUUUUUUUGAGGUGCUGAAUUUAUUUUUCAGCUGUAUCUGGAGGGGGAAAUCCACGUUCAAGAAAAAGGACCUUUUAAAAUAAUUAAAGAAGAAAAAAAAAUCAAGUUUGAUCUUUAUCCCCACCCCAUUUUUCAACUUGGACUGAACCUAGUUAUUUAUGAAGAGACUCUUAAAUACCCUUUCCCUAGUUGGAAGGCUUCCUUUAUAUACUAUUCCCAACGUGGGGAGCGAAACAAAAAUCUCACAAGGAGUUGCCCAUUUUAAAGCAGACUUUGCCUUUUUUCCAAAGGUGGAGCGUGAGUACCAGAAGGAUCCAGUGUUCAGUUUUUUAGGAAAGUCUGUGGUCAGAAAUUACCUUUUUGACACAAACCUAGGACUGAAUGCUGUGUAUAUAUUUAUAUAUAAAUAUAUAUAUAUGAGUGAAACCUUGUGAACUCUUUAAUUAGAGUUUUCUUGUAUAGUGGCAGAAAUAUACAUUUCUGCAAAAAAUGUAAUGAUGUACUUAAUCAUGCUAAACUUUUUAUAAAAGUUUAGUUGUAAACUUAACCCUUUUUAUACAAAAUAAAUCAAGUGUGUUUCUUGAACUGAUUGCUUGCUUUAUUCUUUGGGGACCAACUGUUUGCUGGCUUUGAUUUGUGUUGUUUUUGUUGUUGUUCUUGGGUUUUGGUUUUUUUUUUUCUUAAGUACUUAUACAUUGUUAUGAAUUUAUCAAGUAAAAAUUCAAAUAUGUAGAGACUAUAAAGAAUAAAAUUACCUGAAGUGAA